AUGUCCCUUCCUCCGGCGAAGAAUUACUUCAGCGAAACCACCGGGUCAACUAUACUAUACAUCCAUAUUGGGUUCAUGACAUUGGCCUGGGUGGGGGCUCUUCCAAUCCUCGCGUCUUUGACUAUCGCCCGUUCCAACCUUGCCCGCUACGCCCGGAUCCUCCUUCUUAGCUUGCAUGCUCUGGGAACCGUCUUUGGCGUAGCAUACAACUCCAAAACACCAGAUCUAUAUCAGAAGAGCUCACAUCACUCCCUUGCCUGGAUUUUGUCAACAAUCGCUCUGUUGGAAACAAUUUCAAGCAUAGUCAGACGCUUCUGGCGGAACCCUUCCUCCAAACCUACUUUUGACGCCAGAUCGGAAUCGGAUCCACUUGUUCAGUCUUCUGGUUCUUUUCAAGAUUCCGAGGAAUCUCUAGAUGACAACCAAAUACACCGUUCGGGCGAAAACUACCUCCCAUCGCUGAGAGGACACCGAAGAAUGAGAACAAAUUCCAUUAGCGCAAACUCCCACUCUCCGUAUGACUUUGCAUUCUUUUCUUCCCGUGCCGCAAUAAAUGGACGACGCAAGUGGCCCUUCCCCUGGACCAAACGCUGGCCUAAACCAAAAAUAAUUUCACCCCGUCGCUUUGUCCCCAGCACAACCUUCACAUCAACCUUUUUCGUCAUUGUAAUGAUCAGCCUGGCGUUUACUGCUUUCUGCACGGGGAUAGUUACUAUGGCUGGAAUAUUUUAUGGAAAUCACAUCUUCAAUGGCUUAGCCCAUUUUAUCAAGGGUGGCGUUUUCUUCUUCUUCGGCGUCGUAACCUCGCUCCGCUGCGCUGGCUGCUUUGCUGGGCUUGGAUGGGCGUGGAAUCUCAAAGCCACAACAUAUUCUCCGUCUCGGAAGUGGAGUCGCUCCAUCACCAUGGAAGGGCUUGAAUGUUCACUCAUCUUCAUUUAUGGAAUCACCAAUGUUUUCUUGGAGCAUCUCUCCGGUUGGGGAAAGGCAUGGACAGCACGGGAUUUGGAACAUGUUGCCAUAACACUUCUAUUCAUUGGCGGUGGUUUGUGCGGCAUGAUGGUCGAGUCCCGGGCUUCUUGGACUUUAUCAAACAAACAGACGCCGGAAGAUUUUCUCACUUUGAACGAGAAGCAAGUUUUGAUCCCUGGAUACUCGACCAAUCCAGUACCGGCCUUGAUCAUAUUUCUCUUAGGGACCAUCCUCGGUGGCCAUCAUCAAGGCUCAACUGAGUCUACAAUGAUGCAUAAAUGGUUUGGUAAUUUUCUCACUGCGGCGUCAAUCACGAGGAGUAUCACGUACGUGCUACUGUAUAUUGCACCGGCAAAAUCUCAGUUACCCACUCGACCUCCAUCGGAGUUUAUAACAUCGUUCUGUUUGAUGGCUGGCGGGUUGACGCUGAUGGCUAGCAACGAGGAUACUAUCGAUGCCAUGAUUGAGCAUGAUUUGAACGCAAUGGAGGUGACCACUGUUACAUUGGGCAUCACAGCUGUUGUGAUGGCGUGGUGUUUGGCGUUAGUUGCCGUAAAGGAAUGGGCACAGAGGAGAGAGGAUGCGAAGACAGGAGGAAGGAUUUGGAGCCAGUCGGAAUUCACCGCGGCAUAGAAAAGAAAUACGAAAACGAGGCUUUAGUCAG